AUGGAACCACAUACUUAUGUUUGGCUUUUGGUAAUUGGAGCAAUCGUUGCGUUCGCCGAUGGCUUUGGUAUCGGUGCUAAUGAUGUAGCCAACAGUUUCUCGACAUCUGUUGGUUCCCGAUCUCUUACAUUGAAACAAGCUUGCGUGAUCGCCGUAUUCACCGAAUUUUUAGGAGCUUUCUUACUGGGCUCACACACGGCCGAAACCAUUAAGGGAGGAAUUAUAAAAGUAACAUUAUUUGCAGAUAAUCCAGAAUUGCUCAUGUUGGCAAUGGUUUGCGCAUUAGUUGGCUCAGCUUCAUGGGUCAUCUUCGCUUCAAGCCGCGGAUGGCCAGUUUCUACAACACAUUCAAUUAUUGGUGCCAUAAUUGGUGUUGGAAUCUCUGCUUUCGGUUGGGAAACCAUUGACUGGUCUUAUAAUGGUGUUGCAAAAAUUGUAACUUCAUGGUUUAUUUCACCCGUAGUAGCUGGAAUUGUAGCAUCGGGUAUCUACUUGGGAACAAAAUAUUUUGUUCUUGUACAUCAAGACAACUCCUUCCAACGAGGUUUAAUCGCUGUCCCAAUUUACUUUGCGUUAACCAUUUCUAUCAACGUACUUUACCUCGUCUUUAAAGGCGCACCAAGUCUCAAAUUAGACAAACUCCCACCUUAUGGUAUUGCACUUAUUGUAGUUAUUUCUACAAUUUUAUCCUCUAUCUUUAGUUACUUCUUUUAUGCACAAUUUUUGAAGAGAAAGAUCAUUGGAAAAGAAACUGGACUCAGAUGGUACCAUGUUUUCGUCGUUCCAUGCCUCAGUCAACCUCGUUAUGAUAAUACUGCCGAUAAUGCUGCUGAAAGGGGAAAUAAUAUCGAAAAGCAAGAAGGAACUGAGGAGAAUAAAAUAGUUCAAGAUGUUUCAUCUGAUGACAGUUCGAAUGUCAAAAAAAAUAUAUUUCAGGCGGGCAUUUCAAUUAUUGGCAAAAAAGUUUUACAUGGCGUUAAUAAAGAAGUAGCAGAUUAUGAUGCAGAUAAGAAUCAAGAAAUGCAUGAUGCCGCUAUUAAAUAUGAUCCAGAUACAGAAACAUUAUAUGGUUUCCUUCAAGUUCUUACUGCCUCAUUCGCCUCGUUUGCUCAUGGUUCAAAUGAUGUUGCGAACGCGGUUGGUCCCUUAUCUGUAAUUUAUCUUAUCUAUGAAUCUGGUAAAGUUGAUGUUUCAGGCAAAACACCGGUGCCUCUAUGGGUUUUAGCUUUAGGAGGGUUUGCCAUUGACGUGGGUCUUCUCCUUUAUGGAUAUCAUGUAAUGAGAUCUCUCGGGAACAAAAUUACUUAUCAUUCCCCAUCUCGUGGUUUUGCCAUGGAAUUGGGCACUUCAUUAACUGUUUUAACGGCCUCAAAGAUUGGUCUCCCAAUUUCAACAACACAUUGCAUCACUGGAGCGACGGCGGCUGUUGGUUUAUGUAACGGAAACGCGAAAUCUCUCAACUGGAAAUUACUAGCCUGGUGCUUUUUUAGUUGGAUUCUAACACUUCCAGUCGCCGCAUGUAUUGCUGGUGGCAUAUUUGCUUUCGCUUCUAAUGCACCCUCGUUGCAUCCUGAAGUAGCUGCACCUGCACCUAUUGCAUAA